CUUUGUCUUCCCAUGUCGCUAUGUUCGGAUCGACUGUUGAUCUGAACACUUCGUCAUGUCGUUGCUUCAGACCCGGUCUGCUUUACUCUGCUCGAUCUAGGCGAAAACCUCCUGCAACCUGUUUUCCAUACCUUCACGUCCCUAUACCCCUCCUACCUCUUUGCAGCAGUCCUCCCUUUUAGCACUCACUUCGCAUCGAGCUGUUUUCUUCCAAACUUGACAUCCAUGCCCCCUCCUCAACGGUUAAAACUGCUCGGAAGGAAGAUCACGCUGUCGGAAGCCCUUAGCGAUGAAGAUGACGUCCUCCAGAUGCUCAAAUAUCCAAAGAGACGGAUCGAGUUGAUAGUCUUUGUUCUUGAAAAUGAGCAUCGGAUUCUUCAGAUUGCUGCACAACAUCUCAAUGUCAAAACUAAUGCGUGUGAGCUUUCGCCUGGGUCUGAAUGGGUUCAUGGAAGUUUCAAUCUAUGCAUUCCUGUUCAGGUCAACUGGAAAGGGCACACGCGUUUUGUUCCGCAUUCCUCUCCCAUACAAAAUUGGAGAGGAUCAUUUUCCUGGCAACGUCGAUGAGAAAAUUCGAUGUGAAGCAGCUACCUACAUCCACAUUCGCCAGUGCUGUCCAGAAAUACCUAUCCCUUUACUCUUAGGCUUUGGUCUUCCUGCUGGACCUAGUUUCACACCUCUCGAGAAUACCUCCUUUUUAUGCCGGAUUCGACGAUGGUUCUCAAACCAACUUCGCACAUUAGCCAGGUAUCCACUACCGUCGCCUUUUGUCCAGGAUAACCAAAUAUCUAGUCUUCAAACAGGGUAUCUUCUCCUCGAGUACAUUGAGGACGGACAGACGCUCUAUCAGACGUUUGAUUCUCUCAUGGGCGAUUCGUCACGGCGACAGAACUUGUUUAAGGAUCUGUCUCGUAUCAUGGUCUCGCUAGCGAAAAUCCCUCAAGCUCGAAUUGGUUCUUUCACCAUUGACAAUGAGGGAUUCAUAUCACUCUCUAACCGCCCGUUGACCCUCCGACUCCAAGCCCUGGAAAAUGAAGGUAUUUCGACCAACAUUCCCCGCAUGCGGACCUAUGAAUGUACAGAUAGUUACGCGUUGGAUCUUCUCGCCUAUCAUGACAGCCGGCUCCUCUGUCAACCAAACUCAAUGAACGAUGGUAUAGAUGGGAGGAGACAGAUGUCUGUGGUAGGACAGAUGAGGUCUAUCAUGCCGCAGUUUCUUAACUCCAAGACUAAACGUGGCCCCUUCUUCUUCCGUCUCACCGACCUUCAUCCAAGCAACAUCUUCGUCAACGAAUUCGGGCAGAUAACAUCGCUAAUAGAAUUGGAAUGGGCUUGUUCACACCCAGUUGAGAUGUUGAGGCCCCCAUACUGGUUGACUGGUCAAAAUGUUGAUGACCUUGAAGGGGCUAAUUUUGAGAAAUUCUCCAGUGCCCAGGAAGAGUUCAUGACCGAGUUCCACCAACAGGAGAGCCUCAUCACGUCGGAGGUUAGACGAAGUGCAUUCAUGAAAGAGAACUGGACCCUUGGAUCUUUCUGUUAUUCUCAUGCACUCGAAUCUACGAAAGGCUUGUACAACAUCUUCAAGCAGCAUAUCAUGCCUCGCUUCUCCGGAGACACAGAGUUCCCCGACAUUUCACAGUAUUGCAGUAACGACACAAACAAGAUCAUCUUUUCCAAACUUGAAGAGAGGAAAGAUUAUCUUCAACAGUUGACAUCUGCAGCAUUGGCCCCCGACUCAGACUCGGAUAGUGAUAGCUGACCUCUAAGAAGGGGAUCGUAGCUGGCUAGCACAAUGCAAACGACGCCAGCCCAUAGGAUGUGCUUCUGUGAACGCAUUGGGUGACCGCCUCUGCUACAUGGCGAUAGGUAUUAUGCACACCCCACCUCUGGAUUACUCACAAGACUAUACUUAUCACUGAGGUCGCUCCCCCCAGACUUGUCGUGUAAUUGCUUAGUAUCAAU